GCGGGGCGCGGGGCGCGGGGCGGGCUGGCCUGACCCCGAGCCUCACCUGGCUGGCCGCGGCUCCACCAGCGACAAGUUGUUGGGGGGGGGACACAAUGGCCGAAGCGGCGGAGGUAGCACCAAGUGAUGGGGACACUGAGGGUGGCCCGGCGGCGAGGCCCCGCAGUGGCGGUGCGUGCGGCGCUGGGCUCCUGGGCUCAGGUCUCUGGCUCCGACGGUCUGGCCCAGCCGCCUGGGCCCCAGUCAGUCACGGUCUCAUCCCGUGGUCUCCCGCUCGCAGCCCCAGCCCGCAGUUUUGAGGUCCUCCAGGCGGCCCACCCAGCCCGGGUAGGCAGGAUGGCCCUUCCUGGCUCAGCGCCUCCAGGGCUGUUAUCUACGGGAGCAGAGACCGUACGGGAUGCGGCCAGGCCGGGUGCGCUGCCAGUCCACGCACAAGGCGGUCUCCGCGAGAACCGAGUGCAGGAGAGUGAAGGGAACCAGGUCAUGCUGGGAAUUGUUUUUUAUUUACUAACGGACACGCAUAGGCCGGUGGUUGGGAAUAUUUUCUCCUUGGGGGUAACUUCCUCCUCAGCUGUGACCCUCUAAUCAGAUCUGGGAAGAUGUAACUAGAAAACAGAACGUAGAGGAGGAAACGCUGCAAAGAGGCCACGCACAGGCUGGAGUUUCCCUGCCGUUUAAAUCGGCUUGGACGGCCCCUGGACCUACAACUGAACAGAAAAGCGAGGCCCUCCAGCCAUUGAGCCAAAAGGCCCGCUCACGCCGGCCCCGCUCCCCUGUCCAAGGACUGCGAUUCCCAGAGCCCUCCGCGACCGGAGGGGCCGCGGCCGCGGGUGCGCAGGCGCACACCUGCCCCCGCGGGUGGGCUGGAAGCGCGCCCCGCAGAAGUGGUCAGAUGGGAGCUCCGGGUCCUGCGAGAAACUUGAGAAAGAGUGGUGGGGCCAUCUGGGAGGAGGCUGCCUCUUCAAUACCUCUGAGAGUCAGUGAUUGAAAACAGGGUGCCCCUGAAAGACUCCUGCUAGUAUGGGCCUUCUACAGAGCCAGUCCAGGCUAGGAUGGCUGGAUCAUUAACAGCAGCUGAAACUCUGGCCCUUCAGGAUACACAGGAUCAAGAGAAGAUUAUGAUGAUGGAGCCAAAGGAAGAGGAACAGCCUUGGGAGUAUGAGACCAGGCUACAUGGGAACCACUCUCCCAGUCAGGAGAUCUUCCGCCAGCGCUUCAGGCAGCUCUGCUACCAGGAGACUCCUGGUCCCCGGGAGGCCCUGAGCCGACUAAGGGUACUCUGCUGUGAGUGGCUAAGGCCCGAGAGGCACACCAAGGAGCAGAUCCUGGAGUUACUGGUGCUGGAACAAUUCCUGACCAUCCUACCGGAGAAGCUCCAGUCCUGGGUGCGGGGACAUCACCCUAAGAGUGGAGAGGAGGCUCUGACUGUGCUGGAGGAUUUAGAGAAAGGACUUGAUGAACCAGGACUGCAGGUCCCAGGCCCGGCACACGGACCUGAACAGGAAGAGCCGUGGGAGGAGAAGGAACCUGUGGGAGCAGCCCAGGAGAAACCAAGCAUCCAGCUCCAGCCUAAGGAGACCCAGCCUUUCCCAGAGCGCGAACAGGUAUAUUUACAUUUUCCAUCAGUUGUUGCAGAAGAUGAUGCAGAGCCCAAGGACAAAGGGUCGUUGCCAGAACCACCCAUUACUGACGUGGAAUCACAGGUGCUCAGAGAAAAACUCACCACCAGCACCUCUACAUUUGAAGCUGCCUCUGAAGUUGAGGCCCCUUUAGAGCAGCAGCAGAGAAAUCUCAAAGGGGAAAGACUGAAGCAGUCCCCCGCUCAGGGGAAAAGCUUCAGGCAGAUGGUUGUCACCCUUAAGACAACUCCCACAGGGAAGAAAGACCAUGAAUGCAGUGAAUGUGGUAAAGCCUUCAUUUAUAACUCACACCUUAUAAUCCACCAGAGAAUCCAUUCUGGAGAGAAACCCUAUAAGUGCAGUGACUGUGGGAAAACUUUCAACCAGAGCUCAAACCUUAUUCAGCAUCAGAGAAUUCAUACAGGAGAGAAACCCUACGAAUGUCAUGUGUGUGGGAAGUCCUUCAGGUGGAGUGCUCAUCUUGUUCAACAUCAGAGGGUACAUUCAGGGGAGAAGCCCUACAAGUGUAAUGAGUGUGGGAAGGCCUUCAGUCAAAGCUCGUAUCUAAGUCAGCAUCUGAGAAUCCACAGUGGAGAGAAACCUUUCCUAUGUAAAGAAUGUGGGAAGGCCUACAGGUGGAGUUCUGAGCUUAUCAGACAUCAGAGAGUUCAUGCCAGAAAAGAGCCUUCCCAAUGGACUGUGGGUGAGAAAGUCUCCAGACAGAAUUGUACUUUUGUCUAAUCAGUUUUAGGACUAUAUUCCAUAAAAGUUAUAA